AUGGUGAAUGUAUUCUAUGUUCCUGUUUUCUUUAUCGUGUUUCGGGAGACGCUGGAAACAAGUAUUGUUGUAUCAAUUCUGCUCGCCUUCUUGAGAGCGCAACUGGGGCAGAGUGCGGAUGCGGCAAUAUACAAAAGGCUAAGAAACCAGGUAUGGCUCGGUACUGGUUUGGGCUUGUUCAUUUGUGUUGCAAUCGGUUCCGGCCUUAUCGGUGCAUUCUACUCUCUCGGAAAGGAUAUCUGGUCAAAGGCCGAGAGUCUGUGGGAGGGUAUAUUCUCCCUCAUAGCCGCGAUAAUCAUCACAAUUAUGGGCGCCGCUUUACUUCGAGUCUCCAAAAUGCAGACGAAAUGGAAAGCGAAGCUGGAGAAGGCGCUGAAAAGCAAGGAGAAUCCAGGCACCACCUCCACUGCGAAAUUCAAAAUUUGGUGUGAAAAGUACGCCAUGUUCAUUCUUCCAUUUGUUACCGUCUUAAGGGAAGGCCUCGAGGCCGUUGUGUUCAUCGGAGGAAUUAGUCUGGGGGCUCCAGCGUCAUCUAUACCAGUGCCGACAAUCACUGGGAUUCUUGCCGGCUUUGCUAUCGGCUUCUUGAUUUAUAAGGGAGGAAAUAUGGUUCCACUCCAAAUAUUCUUAAUUGUAUCGACAUGCUUUUUAUAUCUAGUCGCAGCCGGCUUGUUUUCGCGCUCUAUUGGGUUCUUUGAACAGCAUAAAUGGAAUCUAGUAGUUGGAGGAGAGGCAGCUGAGCAAGGAGCUGGCCCUGGCUCAUAUGAUUAUCGACAAAGCGUGUGGCAUGUCAACUGCUGCAGUCCACAAUUCAAUGGAGGCGGUGGUUGGGGAGUAUUCAACGCGCUUUUUGGGUGGACAAAUUCGGCCACCUACGGCACCGUUUUGUCAUACAACUUUUACUGGAUUGCUGUUAUAGUUGGAUUCUUGGCAUUAAUGUACCGUGAGAAAAAAGGCCACUGGCCACUGCAAAAGCCAAAAGCCGAACCCAUUAUACCCUUGAUGGACAUUGAGGAAGCGGGCGAGACAACAGAAGUGAGCAGGCAUAGUGUACAGGGAAAACAAGAAGCAUAG